AUGGGUAUGGCCUUUUCGCGCGUUUUUGAGCGCCUCUUUGGCAAGAAAGAGAUGCGCAUCCUAAUGGUUGGUCUUGAUGCCGCUGGUAAAACCACCAUUUUGUACAAGCUCAAGCUUGGUGAGGUUGUGACCACGAUCCCCACCAUCGGCUUUAACGUGGAGACGGUGGAGUACAAGAAUAUAAGUUUUACAGUGUGGGAUGUGGGUGGUCAGGACAAGAUUCGCCCGUUGUGGCGCCACUACUACCAGAACACACAAGGUCUGAUUUUCGUGGUAGACUCGAACGACCGUGACCGUGUGGAUGCGGCUCGUGAUGAGCUGCACCGUAUGCUUAAUGAAGAUGAGCUGCGGGACUCUGUGCUUUUAGUGUUUGCCAACAAGCAAGAUCUACCAAAUGCAAUGAGUGCCGCAGAGAUGACGGACAAGUUGGGGCUCCACGGCUUACGCCAUCGUCAGUGGUUCAUUCAGGCGUGUUGCGCGACGACGGGUGAUGGUCUUUAUGAAGGUCUAGACUGGUUGUCUGCAACGUUACAAAAGCAGAAGUCACGCGGUGGAGAAGAGGCUGAAGCUAUGGAUGAUAGUAAAGUGACAGAGAUAAUAGCCGCCGUGUAA